AUAGACAUUUCACCACAUUCACACGCACACACUUAUUCACUCACUCGCUUGCCGUACCUUUUACACCUACAUCCUUCACCUUCCUAGCUUUCACUUGCCUCUUUGAUCCUUUAUUCACUCUACCCCAUAUUUCGACCUCCCCCCCUCGGUGUCCUUCACACUUUGCCUCUUCCUUCUUAAAAUCGCCACCCUUGACCCUCACAACUACAAUAUAGCCGACAAUGACUGCAUUGCGAGCCAUGCUUCAGCUGCGACCAGGCACCUCUUCCCUCUCCUCGUCUCCGUCGCACACCAGUCCCGCAUUCUCAGCAAAGGAUUCACGUCCGCUCUCGACUUCAGCUUCACCCACCUUCUCUUAUUUGCACUCGCACCAACCCACAAUCUCCUCAAACACUCUCACCACAUCUCCUGCUACUGCAUUGACACCUACCACUAAAACAAGACCUACUACUGCCACUACCACUACCACCAGUACCUCGCACUCUAGCAGCAAAAAGCCCUAUAAUCUGGGUCUGCACUCGGGAGCAGCUUCAGGGAACCUUGGACUUGUCAAGUUUGCAUUGGAUAAUGGACAGCCAAUCGACUCGGCCGUAAACGGAGUCCUGCCUAUCCACGCUGCCUGCUGCAGUAAUGCCAAUGUCGCCGUGGUUCUCUUCCUGAUCGAGCGCGGUGCAGAUGUCAAUGCCCGGCGGUAUCCGCGCAAGUAUAGUGGCGAACGAGUCGGCGCGUAAGUUUGCAGCCGUGCUGUUGAUUUGCUCUGCUUAUUUCUCUCUCCACAACUCUUUUUCUCCGCGCGACCUGGCCCAUGCGCCCGAUUUGGUCGGUCUUGUUUUAUUCGGAUCAACAUUUAUGAUGACGA